AUGGAGAGCAAUGGAACGGGGAGUGCGGGAGUCGGCAACCGCCCCCGCAUGGACAGAUCGGUUACAUCUCAGAUGGCCUCGGACACGCUCCUCUUUGCUGCGCACUGGUUCGGGGCCAGGCGCUUCGACCAGCCCAAGGAGAAGUACCGGGAUCCUACAGCCUCGACUGGUUCGCAGGCGCUCCCGAGCGGUGCCACCUUGAACAGAGGUAUGACAAGCAGGAUGGUGCCCGAGUCACUUCGGGAGGAAGUCAUGGCAAACUUUGUGACGACAAGCAGGCCGAUGAAGUCGCGAACCUUCUCCAAGGGAUUCUCCCGGGUCUUGAGCAGGGGCUUCACCAAGUCCAUGCCCUCGCAGCCUUUUCCCGGCGAUCGGCAGGGCACGUCGGCAGAGCUCGGUGACGGCACUGGAGGUGGAGUCGGCCCGUCUCUUUCCCCGGUGCAUGAGGCGGGCAUCCACUUUGAAAGCGAGGAUGACAUACGUGCCAGCAGUAAGGCUACCACCCAGAUCUUUCCAUCCGAACUGGACAAGUCCGACAUGCCUCAGGAGGAUGGGGUACUUGGUGGCAUCAUGAUGGCGCGCCAGGUGUCUGGCUCCGUUGCCGUGGAGACACUCCUGUGGCAGUACCGGCCUAUUUUCACGUUCUUGCAACUGACUUUGGCAGUGGGUGCGUGGGCUCUUCUGCCGGUGGUCAACCCAGAUAAUCCUCUGCACGCCCGAGCAGGAGGGGCGGGCCUCGAGUCCGUCUGGCCUGGCGAGACGGGAUUCAUGCUGCAGCGCGACUGCGUGGAUCUUCGCUACCAGGGCUGGAGGUGGCUGACAUAUCAGUUUUCACACGCCUCCUUGAUGCACAUCCUUGGCAACUCUGUGAUGCUCAUCAUCGUUGCCAUCCCGCUAGAGGGCUUCCACGGUCAUGUACGCCUGGCCAUUCUUCUGAACGUCGGCGUCGCCUUCGGGGCAGCGUUUGAUGCCAUUCUGCAGAGCAGCACGCAACUGGUUGGUAUGUCUGCCGGUGUCUAUGCCCUGAUGGGCAUGCACUAUGCCGAUGUGAUCAUGAACUGGGGCCAGAUGGAGUUCCGGUACGGCAAGACCGCCUUGCUCCUCUUCUUGAUCUUCAUCGACUCGACCGUGUCAUUUGUGAACGAGCUCGGGGGAGCGGGUACCAACAUCAGCCAUGGGAGCCACUUCGGCGGUUGGCUGUCUGGGCUGCUGAUGGGCAUCCUGGUGGGACGGAACCUGAAGAUGCACAACUUCGAGUACAUCUUCGAGGCAGUGGCAGCGGUGUGCUUGCUGGGCAUGUUGAUCUUCGCCAUUGUUUGGUUGCAGAACUGGCCUCCAAGAUCCGUCUUCGAGGCCGAGGAGGACGCCUGGUGCUGGGUGCGGCAGGUCUACAACAACAGCCUCUUCAGGUCGUACAAGUGGCAGUGCGUCUUCUGCAGCUCGGAGUCUUGCGUGAAGAGCUGGGCGACUCAGAAGCACAUCGAGACGGUGGCGGUGUCGGCAUGCGCCGCAGGGUGA